UUACAGAGUCAGACUGCGUUACACAGGAACCAAUUUCUUUCCAGUCAAAAUUAUCUAUGCAAUGGCUCAUCAUUCCCAUGGAGAGACCCAGACCUCGCUCGCCGACCUCUUGGAGGACUACCUGGAGGAGCUCAGUGAUGAAGACCUGAAGAUGUUUAAAUCAAAGCUGAGUCACACAGAGUAUAAUGAGUUAGACACCCUUUCCUGGAGUCGGAUAAAGGACUUGGAUAGAAUAGACCUCGCCAAUAAGAUGAGAGGUUACUACAGUGAAGCUGAUGCUCUCAAUGUCAUGCUUAUAAUCCUGAAGAAUAUGAACCUGAAUGAUCUUGCUCAGAGACUGAAUGAAGACCUGCAGAAGGAAAGACCGAAGCCCCCCGGUGCCCCAAGAAGAAAAGGAGGAAGAGGAGAGGAGGAAAAACAGGAAAAAGACAGAGGGGAGCUCAUGUCCAGCAUGAUCAAAUGUAAGCUGAAGCAAAAGUUUGAGUGUGUAUUUGAAGGGAAAGCUAAGGGAGGACUGCGAACACUUCUCAGUGAGAUUUACACAGAACUCUACAUAACUGAAGGUGGGACUGGAGAAGUCAAUGAUGAACAUGAAGUGAGACAGAUUGAAACAGCAUCCAAGAAAAGGCGAACAGAAGAUACUACAGUCAAGUGCAAUGAUAUAUUUAAACCCUUAUGGGGGUGUGAGACACCUAUCAGAACUGUACUGAGUAAAGGGGUGGCUGGUAUCGGGAAAACAGUCUCUGUGCAGAAAUUUAUUCUCGACUGGGCAGAAGGAAAAGCAAACCAGGAUGUUCACUUCAUAUUUGCUCUUCCUUUCCGGGACCUGAAUUUGAUUAAGGUUGAAUACAGUCUGAUUGAACUGUUUCACCACUUUGUCCCAGAACUGAAAUCAUUUCAAUCCACUGAGCUGUUUAAGUACAAAAUCUUGUUCAUCUUUGAUGGUCUGGAUGAGUGUCGCCUUCCUCUAGAUUUUCAGAACAAUGAGAGCUGGUCUGAUGAAACAAAGAAAACGUCACUGGAUGUGCUGUUGACUAACCUCAUUAUUGGAAAUAUGCUUCCAUCUGCUCUCCUCUGGAUAACCUCCCGGCCAGCAGCGGCCAAUCAGAUACCUCCUGAGUGCAUCCACCGGGUGACAGAGAUACGAGGGUUCAGUGAUGCCCAGAAGGAGGAGUAUUUCAGGAGGAAAUUUAGUGAUGAGAGCCUGGCCAGCAGGAUUAUCACACAUGUGAAAUCAUCAAGGAGCCUCUUCAUCAUGUGCCACAUACCUGUGUUCUGCUGGAUUUCAGCCAAUGUGCUUAAGAGACUUUUUAGUGAGACUGACAGGGGAGAAAUUCCAAGGACUCUGACUGAAAUGUACACACACUUCCUGAUCUUUCAGUCCAGUUUAAAAAUAGACAAAUAUACGAAAAACGACGAAGUCAAGCUUAAGGAAUACAGCAAGGAAUUCCUUUUACAACUUGGGAAUCUGGCUUUUGACAACCUUGAGAAAGGCAAUCUCAUAUUUUAUGAGGAAGAUCUGACAGAGAAUGCCAUUGAUGUCACUGAAGCUUCAGUUUACUCUGGAGUGUGCACAGAAGUCUUUAAAGAGGAAUAUGGGUUGUAUGAGGAUAAGGUGUACUGCUUUGUGCAUCUGAGCAUCCAGGAGUAUCUCGCUGCUUUAUACGUGUUUCUGUUAAACUCAUCAGCUGACCUGCUGGAGACUGCAGUGGAUCAGGCAUUAGAGAGCAAGAAUGGACACUUGGACCUCUACCUCCGCUUCCUCCUGGGCCUCUCAACAGACUCCAGUAAGACUCUGUUAAAAAGGUUACUGGGACAGACAGGAACCAGCUCACAUAACAUUAAGAAAACAGCCAAAUACAUCAAGGAGAAAAUACAGGAGAAUUUAUCUUCAGAAAGGACCAUCAAUCUGUUCCAUUGUCUGACUGAACUGGGUGACAAUUCUCUAGUAGAGGAAGUACAAAGAUACCUGAAUUCAGGAAACCUUUCAGCAGAAGACCUCUCACCUGCACAGUAUUCAGCUCUGGCCUUUGUGAUGCUGAUGUCAGAUGAGGAGCUGGAUGUGUUUGAUCUGAAGAAAUUUUUCAGAUCAGAUAAAGAGCACUGGAGGCUGCUGCCUGUGGUCAAGAACUCCAGGAGGGCUCUGCUGAACAGCUGUAAUCUCACAGAGAAAUGCUGUGAGGUGCUGGCUUCAGCUCUCAGAUCAAACUCCUCACCCCUGAGAGAGCUGGACCUGAAUGACAAUGACCUGCAGGAUUCAGGAGUGAAGCUGCUCUCUGUUGGACUGGGGGAUUCACACUGUAAACUGGGCAUACUGAGGCUGUCAGGCUGUAGAGUCACAGAAGAAGGCUGUUCUUCCCUGGCUUCAGCUCUGAGGUCAAACCCCUCCCACCUGAGAGAGCUGGACCUGAGCUACAAUCACCCAGGAGACUCAGGAGUGAAGCUGCUCUCUGCUGUACUGGAGGAUCCCAGCUGUAAACUGGAGAAGCUGAAGCUGUCAGGCUGUAGAGUCACAGAAGAAGGCUGUUCUUCCCUGGCUUCAGCUCUGAGGUCAAACCCCUCACACCUGAGAGAGCUGGAUCUGAGCUACAAUCACCCAGGAGACUCAGGAGUGAAGCUGCUCUCUGCUGUACUGGAGGAUCCCAGCUGUAAACUGGAGAAGCUGAAGCUGGACCGGUGUGAACUCACAGAGAAAUGCUGUGAGGCGCUGGCUUCAGCUCUCAGAUCAAACUCCUCACCCCUGAGAGAGCUGGACCUGAGUGACAAUGACCUGCAGGAUUCAGGAGUGAAGCUGCUCUCUGCUGGACUGGGGGAUUCACACUGUAAACUCGAGAUACUGAGGCUGUCAGGCUGUAGAGUCACAGAAGAAGGCUGUUCUUCCCUGGCUUCAGCUCUGAGGUCAAACUCCUCACACCUGAGAGAGCUGGAUCUGAGCUACAAUCACCCAGGAGACUCAGGAGUGAAGCUGCUGUCUGCUGUACUGGAGGAUCCCAGCUGUAAACUGGAGAAGCUGAAUGUGGACCAUGGUGGAGAGUGCAGGACCAGACCAGGCUUACAGAAAUACUUUUGCCAACUGACUCUGGACCCCAACACAGCAAACAGAGACCUGUCUCUGAGAGAAGGGAACAGGAAGGUGACAUGGGAGGAAGAACAGCCAUAUCCUGAUCAUCCAGAGAGAUUUGACUACCCCCAAGUUCUGUGCAGUGAGAGUCUGAUUGGCCGCUGUUACUGGGAGGCUGAGUGGGGUGGAGGUGGAGCCGGGAUAGGAGUCACUUAUAAAGGUAUCAGGAGGAAAGGAAACAGUGCUGACUGUCGGCUUGGAGACAAUGAGAAGUCAUGGAGUCUGAGCUGCAGUAACAGUUACUCUGUCCUGCACAAUAAUAAACAAAUUCUCUUACCCAUAGAGGCCUCAGGCUCCCGCAGAGUAGGAGUGUAUCUGGACUGGGGGGCUGGUGCUCUGUCCUUCUACAGAGUCUCCUCUGAUGGACUGACCCUCCUGCACAGAUUCACCUCCUCAUUCACUGAGCCCCUCUGUCCAGGGUUUCGGGUUUAUUAUCCAAACUCCCCAGUGUCACUGUGCAUGCUGGGAUAGCUCAUUGUGUGCUGGAGGAAUCAUUUGCAGUGUAUCACAAUGUGACAGGUUGUUGGUUCUCCCUGGCAAAAUCCUAUUUACUUUUUCUGAAGUAUAAUGUAUGUUAAACAAAAAUAAAUGCCUGUGUUCAGCGAGCUGAAUGAACAUACAAAGUAACUGUAUUUAUCUCUGCAUAAAUGUAACUAAAUGUAAUCCUGAUAAGUGGGGGGGGGCUGUCCCCCUCCCCUGUAUAUGUACAUUUUAUAUAUUUAUGCCUAUUUACAGUAUUUCCUCCCUGUACAAUGACAAUAAAGACUUUCUGUUCUGUC